AUGCAGCAAGGCUCGGGAGAAGAUGAUGGACACGUUGUGGUGAUUCCAAUCAAUCAUUCAUUCAGUGAUGGUGAUUCGUCGACGUGGCCUACUGAAGAGAGGUUCGGAAGACCCGAUGAUAGCUACUACAGGCAGAAACUCGCAGAGCUGUGGCUGAAGGAAACCGGUGCUUAUGCAUCCGCUCCAGGUGUGACUGCCUUCAUUGAUGAAUUGCCAGACGGCUAUGCAGUUUUCGAUCGGCCACGCAAAUCGGAUCCAAGUACAACGUCGCUACGGGAACUGCUCGACGCGGUAGGCCUCCCGGGAGACUUGCUGGAAGAUCCGCUGGGAAACCGCCUGGGACGCCAAAUGAAACGCCAUCUGGAAGACACCCAGGAAGGCCCCCAGGCAGUGGCAGGCCUCGUGGUAGGCCGCCCCUUAAAGGUCCCGGACGACCUCCAGGAACUGGUAGACCCGGCAGGCCGCCAGGAAAGCCAGCUGAAGCAACAAGGGGAAGCGGACUAUAAGAUCUCGGAGCCGGCAAGCAUGGACUGGAGGGCUGAGAGAGCUGCAAUGGACGAGUACCUGGAAACACUCGACGUGCGCCCCUCAUAUCUACCUCGUCUUGGAGAGCUCGUAUUAUGGACUCCUGACUUUGACGGGGACUUGGUGUGGAACCCUGCGACCCAAAGUAUAGAGAUAUAUUCUGUGAUACAGAAAAAGUAUGUGAGGAAACCUCAGUGGCGUGCUGGGGUUGUUGGUCAGCUUCCAACGGAAGAAACAGUUCUUCAGGAUCUUGUGGAAAGAACUGAAAAAAAGUGGGAUUUAAACUAUUCCGGCUUUCGCGUUGAAACUCUUCCUGACCCCAAUGGCACCGACAAAAGUUACUCAUUACAUUAUAGCUAUGUCGCUCUCAAAUGCAUUAAGCCUUACAACGCUUUUGAAGUCUUUCUGCAGGGCACUCCGCGCGAGAAGCUGCACCCCUCAAUCGAGCACGCUAUGACUAUCAUGUCAUCAUUCAGUUUGCUUGAUAAGUACCGUUUCAAAGGCUCAUGGCCUAAUGCGUCGAUUUAUUGUCGGGGCAUCUUCAUAGGCGCGGAACUCCUUGUUGUUGGGGAUGCGGUUCGUCUGAAACCAAAAGGCUACAAAGAAAAAGGCAGUCUUCAGAAACCACCAGUUGUGGACGUAAUGGUGAUCGAUGAGAUUAGACUGGAACUGAUUGAGUGCGACGAAGACCUCAAGUCUAAGCAGCUUGCCGAAAAAUACCAGGUCCGCAUUUCAGGGAGGCUCUAUACAACUAACAGGGAACGAGCCCAAAUGUUGAACAACGGACCACCGGCUCGGCCUCUCUUGCCUCUCACACUACAGGAGGUAAUGGACGUGUUUAACACCGUCGGAAUGGGCGGGUAUGGAGAUUGGUAUAAGUUGCACUCUGGGGCAACUGUUGACAUAUCUCAGGAUAUGAUACUCGGCCGCUGUUACGAGCCAGAUGCCAUGAAGCUGCUAUUCAACUCUCUCUCGCUGGGGUAUGACUUGCCAGGCGUCCUACGCGCGAGAGAAUACUCCAGAAAUGUCGAUGAGCGUAUCCCUGAGGGCAAAACCUGGUUCUGGAGCGACUUCCGCACUCAAACACUUGGUAUUGAGUCACUAAAUGGUGAAGAUGUCGGCCACUAUAGCGAAACACGGGACGUGAAGAUGUGGAGGGCCAACCUCAGGAUCAUCGAUGGCACCGCCAGCCAGGCUGAUUUCCGUGAUGCGAAACAACCAGCCGAACGUGGUCGACCGUCGAUGAAAACGGACAGCGCUGGCCUCGAGGAGAUAGGCAAGACCAGCAAGCUUGUUAGUGCCAGCCUUGGGGCUGUAGACACUAGUAACCCUGUGAGCUCGGAAGAGGAGUCUGCGGGAGAAUCCGAGUCGCCCAACGGGUUUCCAGGCCGUCCAAAAGUUGAUGUGAAAGCGGAGAUCGAAGAUAGUGCGUCAGAGGGGGAUGGUACUACGCGCAUCAGCCGGCUCAGAAGUGGCACUGAAGAGACAGGAAAUGGCAAAUAUGUCCCAGACACUUGA